GAUUAGUCAAUUUUUUGAAGAAAAAACGUUGGGACGAUCAAUAUAAAAAAUUAAAUAAAUAAUAAUUCUGUUCUGUAUCUAUAAAUUCAUCAUAGAUAUAUACAUUAAUCGUUCACAAUUCUGCUGCGAGAGUUCUCCAUUUUCUGGAGCUAGCUUUCGCAGCAGUAAUAACCUACGACACACAUGUGUGCGAUGCGAAAUCCGAUUUGAAACGAAACCGUCUGAGGUGGCCGGAUAGCCGAUCGGUCUUCAAAAGUAUAUAAUUAAGGUGAUCUGAAGAGAAGCUUAUAUUUUGCUAAUGAUGGUGUGCAGUAAUACUAUGUUGGUUUCCAGUCAGUCGACAACCCCAAAAGCUGAAAGCCCGGUAAAAGGACAAAGACCAAACAUCCUUAACCGCUCAAUAUCUGGUCAAAAUCUAAGGCAGCACGCAAGAAUUCAAAGGGCAUAUUCCGACAACAAUCUAUGUUAUUCCACUAAUCGUAUUCAGGCCUCAAUGAAUCAGCCCAAGUUGAAAAACAGUCGUUCGGGAAUUUUUGACUUCAAUAUAUCGAGUUUAAUUACCCCAAGCUCGCUAAAGAAAAAUUUGUUUGAUCCUGAGCCAUGUUAUGACACAAACACAGACACAGAUUCAGAAGAGAGAGAUGACGCAACCGAUGUCAGUGAUAUAGAAAUGGAGAAAGAGGGAAAGAAAAGGGCUAACUGGAUUGAAAGGCUAAUGGAAAUUAGAAGCAGAUGGGUUCAGAAACAGAAUGAUGGACUUGAUGGUGAAAACGAAGAAGAACAAGGCUGUGAUGAAGAUGGAAAUGGGGAUGGAUGUGAGGUAGAUUAUAGCGACGAUGAAGAUGAUAUAAGCAUCAAUCAGGAAUCAUUCUCCAGAAUGUUGAAGAAUGUUUCUUGGUCUGACACCAAGCAUUUUUCACAGUUAGCAUUUCUUUGUAACAUGGCCUAUGUUAUUCCAGAGAUUGAGGAGGACGACCUGAGAAGAUACUACGAUUUGACAUUUGUAACAUCUUCAUUGGAGAAAAAGGCAUUUGCUGAAGCCAUUGCCCACGACUCAAUUCGUGUACCUGUGACUACUCCAACCACCAACCAGAAGCCUGGAAAGCGUAUAAACCGUACUUCCGCUUAUGAAAUAGCUGCCUCAGCUGCAACAUAUGUUCAAUCCCAGGCAGGCGGCCUUAAAAACCAUCAGGAGGAUGAUGACAUCAUCUUAGCUCACAAAGAUGCCUACCCUUUAGAGAAAGCGGAUUCUUCUCCCAGAGGCUACAAUUCAGAAAUGGCUGCAUAUAUGGCAGCUUCUACCAUGACAGCAGUUGUUGCAGCACCAGAGAAAGAAAAGCAGGAGGCUGCAAGGAAUCUACAGUCCCUUCACUCCUCCCCUUGUGAAUGGUUUAUUUGUGAUGAUUCAAGCAUAUACACCAGAUGCUUUGUUAUCCAGGGUUCAGACUCAGUGGCAUCAUGGCAGGCAAAUCUCUUCUUUGAACCAACUAAGUUUGAGGGAACAGGUGUGUUAGUUCAUAGGGGAAUAUAUGAGGCAGCAAAGGGUAUAUACGAGCAAUACAUGCCACACAUUCUGGAGCAUCUGAAUAGAUAUGGUGAAAGAGCAAAGCUUCAAUUCACAGGUCAUUCUCUAGGGGGAAGCCUUUCUCUGCUAGUUAACUUGAUGUUACUAACCAGGAAUGUUGUCAAACCAUCGGCUCUACGACCAGUGGUCACCUUUGGUUCACCAUUCGUGUUUUGUAACGGUCAAAAGAUUCUUGAUCAGUUCGGGCUAGAUGAGAACCAUGUUCACUGUGUCAUGAUGCAUAGGGACAUCGUCCCAAGAGCAUUUUCCUGCAACUACCCGAAUCAUGUUGCCCAAUUAUUAAAGCGUUUGUGUGGUACUUUCCGAUCUCAUCCAUGCCUAAAUAGAAAUAGUUUGUUAUAUACACCAUUGGGAAAAAUGUUCAUCCUCCAGCCUGAUGAGAAGUCCUCUCCACAUCAUCCCUUACUCCCUCCCGGAAGUGCUCUAUAUGCUAUGGAGAAUACUCAACAUGGUUCAACCAAAACCGCUCUUCGGGCCUUCCUGAAUUCUCCACACCCGAUAGAAACCUUACAAUACCCUACAGCCUAUGGGUCGGAUGGAACUAUCCUUAGGGACCAUGACUCGAGCAACUACUUGAAAGCUGUAAAUGGGAUCAUAAGACAACACACAAAAACGUUUAUAAGGAAACCUAGAGAACAGAAGAACUUAAUGUGGCCGUUACUAACUUCACAAUCACCACAUUAUUGGAGCCAAGAAACAAAACUCAAAGAGAAAAAGUUGACGGUUUCGGAUCAAAAGAGGUUGAUUACUACGGAGGUGGUGUGAAAUUUGUUAAGUAGGGAAAACUAAAACUGAUCUAACUGGGGUGAUGUUCAUAAGGCCUAGCUGUUGCUCACCUAAUAGAUUACUGUAGAUUGUAUUCUAACUGUAUGUAUUACCAAUAAAUUUUUUUAAUAAAACUCCUGAUAUAAUUAGUGGUUCA